AUGCCGUUCAGUCCCACCCCCAGGGAGAUAGUCAUCCUAUGCGUUCUCUUCGUCUCUCUCCUCUACCUCUCCUCCAGCUUCACCCCAAGUGUCGAGAACGGCGUUUCUCAGGCACUCGACCGAUCAGGCUUUGUUGUCGACGAUGACUCCUCCGCCCUACCGAUGACUCUGGAGACGCAGUACACACUCCAAACGCUUAAUCCUCCACUUCACUGGGGAACAAGCCACGUUCCGGAGACGAAAGUUGUGGCUCAUGUUCCAGGCAACACAUUGCUAAUCAUAUGCACAGGAUGGACCAUCUUUGACAGGCUCUACCUCCUCAAUGGAACCCUGUACAUCGUGUCUGACGAGCCGGAAAACGUCCCGGAGCGGUUGUAUAUGAUCUCGAGCGGCAUCUUCAUCACAAGUGACCCUGCGGAUUCCCCACUACGUGCGCCGACGGACAAGCAAAUGCGAGUGAUCAGCACUGCUGAAGCCCACCAAUUGUUUGGAGCUGAGGCGGAGAGAAUGGACGGUGUCUCGUGGUUGGCGUACGACCCCAAGCAAUUCAUCACACAUUACUACCACUGGUCGGCCGAGCUUUUCUUCGGCUUUUGGAGGACAUACUCCUCGCUGGACCCCACAAUUCCUCCCUCCGGCGACACACAUCUCCCCGCUCCGCGCCGCAUGGUCUUCCCACACCUUGACGCUGCAAACUGGCGCGACUACGCAGCCAUGAACCAAUGGGUCGUCCGCGCCUGCUUCCCUUCAAUGUCGAUGGAGUUCAUGAACGACUGGAAAGAGCGAGCCGCCCUCGGCCGGGUGUUCGUGUUCGACCGCGUCGUGCUCGCCGACCGCGCAGCUGCUAUGAACGGCGAGAUGUACCUCCGCACGCAACGCACGGCGGCGAACGCGUUCUCGCUGCCCGGCAGUGUCAACUGGUGGACGACCAUCCGCAACAACGUCAUCGGCUUCUCAAUGCAAGAGGGCGACUACGACGUCUCGUCGGUCGACGCGGUCUCGACGAAGCCCGUCAUCACCUACGUCUCGCGUCAAGGCUGGACACGGAGGAAGCUUAUUCAGGCUGACCACGAGGUGCUCGUUGCAGAGUUAUAUAAGCUGCGCGACACGUACGGGUAUGAGGUCAACAUCGUGGAGAUGGACAAGCUCACGCGGAGCGAGCAGUUCCGCCUCGCCGCAAGGACGACGAUCAUGAUGGGUGUGCACGGAAACGGACUGACUGCGCUGUUGUGGAUGCGGCCUACGCCGCGGUCGACGGUGAUUGAGUUCUUCUACCCCGGAGGAUUCGCGCACGACUACGAGUAUACCACCCGCGCGCUGGGCAUGGUGCAUUACGGCUUCUGGGACGGCGACCACUUCACGCGGCCUGACGUCCCUCCCGUCAACUAUCCGGAAGGAUUCCAGGGCAACGAGAUCCCCAUCAACGGUGAAGCUGUUGCGCGAUUGGUGCAGGAGCGACUUACCCUGGCUGAGGAGAUGGAUGACUAG